AUGGCUGUCAAAAAAAUCAAAGAUAGUGGGAACGAAAUAUCAAUAAAUCUUAACAGGAAUAGGAAAUUUCGAUUCCACCUCUUCGAAAGGUGCUCCGGUGGAGUAUUGAACCUUCGAUUUGAUUCUACGGUUCUGGAGAGUUACUAUACACUCUGCUCGUUCCCUCACUCUCUGUCUAGAUUUCGAAUAGCAGUUUCGUAUUUCGCCCUUGUGUGCGGAACAUGGAUGAUCUUUUUUGCUACUUCUGGAACAGAACAAUGGAUGGUAUAUGUUGCUGGAGCUGCUACGGGUCUUAUGGUGGCGAUUGUUCUGUUUGUGCUUACAUGUUCAAAGGUCAUAUUUGAGAAGAACUUUCUCGUGCUGUACAUAAUACUUGCAUUAUUCUUCAGUUUGCUAUUUUUACUUGCAUUUGUUCCUUCGACUGUCGGUGUUUCUUCCGCAUUUAAUGCCAGUCUGAUUGUUCAAUUACUUCUGACAAUCUACAUCAAUAUUCCUCUUCGCCUUUGGCAAGUAAUGCUAAUUUGUGGACCUGUAAGCGUUUUGCACGUGGUAUUAUCGUGUACAGUUUGCGGAAAGAUAAAUUCGCGAUUAACCUGCAUAUACAUAAUCUUACAUUGCUGCAUUCAUAUGGUUGGAUUCGUACAGCAUAUUUUAUCCCAGGUACGACGCCGCUCAACAUUUAUGCGCCUUGGUCACAGUGCUCUAAUGCGCAAGGCCUUAGAGAAAGAGCAGCAAACCCAAAAUGAAAUGAUCCAGUCUUUAAUGCCUCAGAAGGUUGCACUCGAAGUAAUGCAGGGCUCCUACAACAGCGAAGAUGAAGAUGAGUCGAACGACGAUGAAGGCGACAGUGAGCUGCGAAUGGCCACCUUUCGUAAGGGAAAGAAGGACGCAAAACCUGCCAUUCGUGGGAAGAUAAAUGUCAAGGAAGGGGGGAGCGCCAGCUUCUCUGACGAUACAGAUGAUUAUAGUGCUAAUGAAAGCGAACCCUUGAAAGCGAUGGAGGCUAGUACAUCCCGCAGGGAACAUAGAGGACACGAUCGGGAUGGCAGGAUUGUAGCUACAUCCAACCUGUCACGAUCUCCACAAGUACAUGCUGUGAAAUUCCGCAAAUUUCACGUCAGUCAAAUGGAAAAUGUCAGCAUCCUCUUCGCUGAUAUCGUGGGGUUCACCAACAUGAGCUCCAACAAGUCUGCCUCACAACUUUUGCUUCUCCUCAACGAUCUCUUUGGCCGGUUCGACAGCCUUUGUGAACUCAACCAAUGUGAGAAGAUAGCGACGUUGGGCGACUGCUAUUACUGCGUUUCUGGAUGCCCCAACGCCGUACCUGACCACGCAGAGAGAAUUGUUGAAAUGGGACGAUCUAUGUGUGUUGCCAUUCAGCAGUUUGACAACGACCACGCUGAACAGGUGAACAUGCGUGUCGGAGUGCAUACCGGAAAGGUGAUUUGCGGGUUGGUUGGAACACGCCGCUUCAAAUUUGACGUCUGGUCAAAUGAUGUCACUCUGGCUAAUCAAAUGGAGUCUUCAGGUAAGGCAGGUAAAGUGCACAUCUCCGAAACCACUUUGGAAUUUGUCAAAGACAUCUACGAAGUUUCGGAUGGAGAACCCGUUCCUGACAUUCGUAAAGUGAAAGUGUUAGUGGAAUACUAUAACAAAGAGGAUCAACGUUACGCUAUUAAGCAUACCCAAGAUCAAGCUCUUAUUAAAACCUACUUCAUUGAGAGGCGUUUCGACAACAAGCCAAUUAUCACGCUAAUUAAGCCCAAAAUGCCUGUUUCUGCUAACGAGACAAACAACGCGCCGCCUUUUGCCAAGGACCAGCCGAAGACAUCAGUCGACCCAGUCAACACAUCGCCUACUGGGUCGAAUGAGCUGACACUUGCAACGCCUCCCGGAUCUGAUGAACCGGAGGUGAGAGCUCGUGGAUCCGAUGUUGAGAUGCUAGAUGCUCUGUGGAAUCUCUCCAAGCCAGAAGAGGUCUUCAAAUUCCCACCAAUUUCACGCUUUUCUCUUUGCUUUCUCUCGCAAUCGCUUGAACAAACCUAUCGGCGGCAGGUACUUCGUGUUCCCCGUCAAUCCGUUCUCAUUACCCUCGCAACACCCCGUCUAACUCCUGUUACCAACGGGCUGGCUCAUUUCCUCUUCUUCCUCCUCGUCUCAUCAGCCUGUUUCAUUAACUUUCCAAAUUUAACGAACUAUCAUCUAAUUCUCCUGAUACCCUUAGUUGUAUUUGUGCUGGCCCUUUGUGUUAACUGCCUUUUUAUGGCCAUUGUUUUUUCGGACUUGCUUGCAUGGGGAGGCUUCUGUCCCUCCGCAAAGCAUCCUCUGCAGCGCAUCUAUCGGGUUUUAUUCAGCUGGUAUGUGAGGAACAUCAUUGGGGUGCUGAUGCUAUGUAGCCCUGCAGCUUUUGUGCUUGCCAAUUUCCAAAUUCGUCUUUUUUGGUUCAGUCGAUCAGCGGAUGUCGCGGCAGUGGCGGAUUUCUCAACCGGAGAAUACCGGAUGGUUCAUGGGAUCCUGUUCACUUUCAUGCUUUUCAAUUUGACGCUGUUUCCAAACUAUUCUUCGUGGGCAAAAUCGCUCUCAGCAAUGACGUUAUGCAUCAUUGCUUGCUUGCUGGUACAUUGGCCGUUCGCGGGUUUAUCCUAUAAAUCCUCUGACCAAGUGGCUGGAUUUUCUGCUAUAACCACGGCUAGAGACUUAAGCACUUCUCCUAUCUGGUUGGCUGCUGCUGAAAGUAGUCUGUUCCCUUGGGAAAUGACCGUUAUACUUGUCUUGAACCUUAUCCUCAUAUUCUUCCUCAAUCGCGACAUCGACAUCAGCUUUCGUGUCUCCUUCAACCGCGAUUUUGAAGCAAGUCGUGCAAAGGAGGCCAUCACUCGAGAAAAGAUGCAGGGCGAGUGGCUGCUGGAAAAUAUCAUUCCACGCUUUGUACUGACGGACCUGAGGAAGACUAACAAGUACUCUCAGCAUGUAACCGAUGCUGCUGUUAUGUUCGCGUCGAUAGCCAACUUUUCAGAGUUCUAUGAUGAGCAGUACCAAGGAGGACAGGAGAUGUUGCGAGUCCUAAACGAGAUUUUUGCGGAUUUUGAACACCUUCUCUCCUCUGUGAGAUUCAAAGACGUGGAGAAGAUCAAGACGAUUGCCGAGUGUUUCAUGGCCGCAUCAGGCUUAAAUUUGGUUCAACGUGCACAGAAUAAGUCAACAGAUGAUCAUUUGUGUGCCCUAAUGGACUUUGCCAUUGAACUUCUUAAGACAUUGGAUGACUUCAACCGACAAAUGUUUAACUUUCAAUUCGAGUUAAAAAUCGGCUACAAUAUCGGAGAAGUGACAGCAGGUGUUAUCGGCACGACAAAGCUGCUCUACGAUAUUUGGGGAGAUACUGUGAACGUCGCGAGUCGGAUGUAUUCGACGGGCCAGAAGGGUCGGGUACAAGUGACCGAGGAUGUCGCAUGGCGGCUCACUAAACACUACGAAUUCGAGUAUCGUGGUAACGUUUUCGUCAAGGGUAAAGGAGAGAUGCGUACUCAUCUCCUCGUCGGUCGAAAGGAGGCAAACUCGCAAUAA